AUGUCUUUCUCUAGGGCUGCCUCUUCUAGGUUCAUCUGCAAUGCCUGUCGGAGUACCCAGAUUCGCCAAUCUACCUCAGUGCCCCGACCCAAUGGCGCAUCUUUGCGCACCGCGCCUUCGACAGUCUCACGAUGCGCCUUCAGUACGAGUGCACUUCGGCGGGUAGACAAGAACGAUCCUUCAACCGACGAUCCCGGGUUCGGCUUCCUCGACGACAGUUCCAAGCCUGUUAACGACGACACUGUAUCCCAGGAAGCCACAACGAACGCCUCCGAGGGCUGGAAAGAAGCUGCGCCAGAAGUCGCGACCGAAGCCUCGCCAUCUACAACGCCACCUUCCCAACAAGACAAUGCAAUCCCGUGGUAUCUCAGACAACAGUCAUCGGUCCCGUCGCCCGCAUUGAAUCCCGCCCAGAUCCCAGACCUCCCUCCGAACCCGCCACCUCUCCUAGCCACCCUUCUCGAAUAUGUCUCCAUCACGGCCGGUCUCGACGACUUGCAAUUGCUCGACCUGCGAAAUCUUGACCCUCCGCCUGCGCUCGGCCCCAAGCUGAUCAUGCUCAUCGCAACAGCGCGCUCGGAAAAGCAUCUCCACGUAGCAGCCGACCGAUUCUGCCGAUACCUUCGACGCGAACACGGACUGAAGGCGAAUGCAGCCGGUUUGCUGGGUCGCAAUGAGCUGAAGAUCAAGCUGAGGCGAAAGGCCAAGCGCAUGCGAAUGUUGGCAAACGUUGGUGGUUCCGCACCCGAAGGCAACAUUGACGACGGUAUACGCACAGGCUGGAUCUGUUGCACACUUGGGAAACUGGAAGCGCAUCCCGAUGACACGCACAUGCCCGGAGAUGAUGUGAAACAGUUUGUCGGUUUCAGAGACAUCAAGCCUGGCGUCAAUGUAGUCGUGCAGAUGUUCACAGAAGAGAAGAGAGCCGAGACAGACCUCGAGACAUUGUGGGGUGGAGUGCUAAGGACACAUCAAAGGAAGGACAAGACCGCCGAUGAAGCACUAAGAGAACUGGAGCAAGACAUCGAAGAUCUGGAAGAGGAUGCCGAAGAUCUUGAUUAUCGAACACAAGAGUCGCCGCAGGCACUCAACACGUCGCCCACCGAGUCUAGCAAGUCUGCCAGCCCGCCGACACCCGCGCAACAGAUGCACCGACCACGUCCCACUCCUGGUGAUUUCUUUCCGCCCGCUUCAAAUCCAGAAAAGAGGAAACAAAUACGCCGGUUACACACAGUUGGCCUCAGAUGA